AUGAACAACGCUACCACAGGUAGUUCGUGUGCUUCCCAUUCACCAGACCUGGACGAGGAGAAUCCGCGAAAACGUCAACGAACGGCUUGCGACAGAUGCAAAACGAGAAAGCAACGAUGUGAUAACGAAUAUCCACGAUGCUCAAAUUGCGCCAAAUCGGGUGCAACUUGUAGUAGGCCACCACAACAGGACCUACCACGAAGCUCGUAUACACGUGCACUCGAAGACCAGGUCGCGUAUUUGGAGACACGCCUUACAAUGGUAGAACGCCAACAACAUCCAGGGAGAAGAGACUAUGACCAAGAACCAGGAGCAAAUUACUCGUCUCCUCCUGAUCAUCGAUUGGUAGCCGGACGUGGUCAACAAACAUCCCAAGUUCAGACCCCAGGACCACGAACACCCCAGAUCCAGCAAAAUGUAGCUGAUAUAGUCGGUAUACUCUCGCUAGGAAGCGGUAACACAGAGACAUCCUCUUACGUUGGUUCCUCCUCAGGGUAUGCUCUAGCUACGGAUCUUGGACGCAUGGUGCAAGCCACAGCCUGGAACAAAGCACUUUGGGUGCCUGCUAUCGCCAGUGAUGGCGCAGAAGCGCGGUUCACAGGCGGUCAGUCUACAAGAAGAAUAACCUUGCAGGAACUCCAAUCAAAUAAAGCAGAACCACCUUCGGAAGUACUAGGUGCGAAGCUGAUCAAGGCGUAUCUAAGUCGAAUACACCCACGGUUUCCUUUUCUCUUCCGCUCCGAUGUAUGGGAAGCUCAUCGAUGCCGCUAUACACUUGGAAAACCAGCAACGAGAAAUACAGACCGAAGUACGCCGCAAUAUUCCUCAGUGGCGUAUGAAACAGAUGGAUUUACAUUAUUCGUGCUGUAUAUGGUCUACGCGAUCGGUGCUUUGAAUCUUCGCCUCACCGAAGACUACAGGGACACUUCUCCUGAGCAAUUCUACGUUUUUGCAAUGCAGCACGUAGCAAGUGUGCGGGAGGCGUCCUCAGUCCAUAACCUCGAAGCGACGGUUCUGCUCAUCCUAUACCACCUGAGGUCCGAGUCUCGGAACGGCCUGUGGCAUCUGACUGGCCUUGCAAUGCGAACAGUGACUGACAUCGGUUUGCACCGUGCAGCGUCCACCCAUGGGCUGCCUGCAUUCGAAACACAGAUAAGGCGUCGGCUAUUCUGGUCUAUCUACUCCCUUGAAAGUAUUCUCGCCGGUACUCUAGGCCGCCCAGUCAGCUUAUCAGAUUCUGAUAUCGAUCAGCCGCUUCCUGCCAGCAUUGACGAUGACGACCGGCUGGCCAACGUUUCUCCCGAGACGCUAUUGACAAGCGCGAUUCCAGAACAACAAGCUCUCCCACCAACCAAUAUGAGCCAGUUCAUCCUCCUCGCACAGCUUCACAUCUUCGAAGCACGGAUACAGCGCAAAGUCUACCGAGUCGACAAAUCAACUAUUGCACUACUGCCUAAGAUGCACCGCCUCAUGAAUGACCUGGAGUCCUGGCGGAACAAUGUUCUUCCAACAUUACAAGCUUGCGAGCAUGACCGCGUUUUGCUGCACUACUACAGGAAUGUCCGACUUCUGCUACAGCCCUUCCUCGCGAUACUUGAUCCCAGUAGUGAACCUUUCCGCAAAGCCGCGAUCGCUGCCGGCCAAAUAUGUCAAAUUCACAAGCGAUUUCAUCAAGCACCCGAAUACGGACACAGUUUUAUUGCCGUGCACACGGCGUUCGUCUCUGGUAUCACUUUAUUAUAUGUGCUUUGGCGUGGAAAAGACAGGCUAUGGACGAUCGGCAUAAGCAACGACAUCCGUGCUGCUAGCUGCGUGCUAUCGAUCAUGGGUGAGCGCGCACCAUGGAUCCGACGUUUCAGAGAUACGUUUGACGUGUUGGUGGAAGCUACUAUGGCUGCUUUACAAGGGGCAUCGGAGCACGCUGAGAGCCAAAUGGGGGGCGGCUACGCUGCUCAAUCGCAAGCAGACUUUUCCUUGUUCGAUCAUUUGGAUCUUGCGGACCCUGGCGCUCUUGAUAUGGCUAGAGAGCUCACUGGAUGGAUCACGUAGCUUCAAGUGAUGCAAGCUCUGGGCAAAUCGUAACAGAAUAAGAUUGAAACUGCAAGCGCCCCAAAGUCGUACCAAGCUGCAUCAGUAUCAUCUUGAAGAGACCUGCCCUUCGUCAUGGC